AUGACAGACCAAUCCCACUGGCUGCCACUCUCCGCCACCAACAUCCAGGCCGCCCACGCUGUGAUCCGACCCCACGUCCACACCACCCCUGUCCUGACCUGCCGCACUCUCAACCGCCUCGCAUCCACCCCGCAAUCCGCCGACUCCCUCCGCGGUACACCGUUCGAAGGACGCACGCCGGCCAGCCCCAAGAUCAAUUUGUUCUUCAAAUGUGAGAAUCUGCAGAAGAUCGGUGCCUUCAAGGCACGGGGCGCCUUCCACGCACUUCUGAGGCUAUGCGACUGUCUGGGCGUAGAGGAAGUAAGGAAGAGAGGAGUCGUGACGCAUAGUUCUGGAAACCAUGCCCAGGCCGUCGCUCUGGCCGCUGCUACCCUGCAAAUUCCCGCGUACAUCGUCAUGCCACGCAUCUCCACCCCCUCGAAGAUCGCCGGGACACAAUCCCACGGUGCAAAGGUGAUCUUCAGCGGGUCGACGAGCCAGGAGCGCGAAGAGGUCGUGAAACAUGUCAUUGACGACACGGGCGCCAUCCUUGUGCCGCCGUACGAUCAUCCGGAUAUAAUACUAGGUCAAGGGACUGUAGGGCUGGAGCUCGAACAGCAGGUGAAAGAACUGGUCCAGGACAACCCCGGAUUGAGCGUGCAUGUGGAUGUGGCGGGCAAAAAUGCCAUGCUGGAUGCCGUGAUCACGCCCCUGGGCGGCGGGGGAUUGAACUCCGGCGUCGCAACGUGGUUUUCUUCCGCCGAGAAGAGCGAAUCUUCCGGCAAAACCCUUGUUUUUGGCGCCGAGCCAUCGUAUCAGGGUGCUGAUGACUGCUGUCGCUCCCUCGCUGCCGGAGCCCUCAUCACGAGCGUCUCGUCGCUCACCAUAGCCGACGGUUUACGCACACCGGUCGGUGCCAUUCCUUGGUCUGUCAUCUCAAACCCAGAGAAGGUCCGAGGCGUGUACGCCGUAACAGAGGAGCAGAUAAAGGCCGCUAUGAGACUGGUGCUCGAGAGGAUGAAAGUGGUGGUGGAGCCCAGUGCCGUUGUAGGGUUGGCGGUUAUUCUGUUCAACGAAGACUUCAGGGCGUUGGUGGAGAAAGAGUCGGGCAAGGAAGGCUGGGAUAUUGGCGUGGUGUUCAGCGGGGGAAAUACCAGUGUCGAGGCGAUUCGAGAGCUAUUUUCUACUUAA